AUGUCUCCAAUUCGCACCUUCAACACCGAGAUGAACCCAUCUCGGCCAGUUAGACCGUCGCCCCUGGCUGCCUCGCAGAUACGUGGCAUGCCGCUUGAUAUAAUAGAUCGGAUACGGUCUUUUCCUCUAUUCCAGUCUACCCCAGAGUCCUUUCUGACUGAGAUCGGGCUCCACCUGCGGCCUCAGAUAAACUCGGCAAACGACUACAUUCUGACGGAAGGAGAUGAUGCAAAGGCCAUGUACUGGCUUGUACGUGGAGCCGUCGCCGUCACGUCUCGAGAUGGAGAGAGUACAUAUGCAGAGCUGAAGCCAGGCGCAUUUUUUGGAGAGAUCGGUGUUCUCAUGGACCGCCCUCGUACUGCUACUAUCAUUGCAAGAACCCGCUGCUUACUCCUCAUCCUGACCAAGGAGGACUUUAGAAACAUUCUUCCCAGAUUCCCAGAGGUGGAGCGGGCCAUCAGGGAUGAAGCAGAAGAGCGUCUUCAGAUCCUUGAGCGUAAAAAACAAAAAGAGUCACCAUCACCGCCUGCGGUUGUAGAAAUGACCGCUCCUGGUGGGCAGAAACGUGUGACAAAGCGAGUACGAGAUACCAUUGCGGACGGCCUGGAUUUUAAUAAUGACGACCAUCGAGAUGCCAACAACUUCACUAAGAAGCGCAAAUCGCCCAGCCCCAGCUGUCAGGAUGUCCCCACGUCCAGUGCUCUGGCCAACGGGCUCGUCAGCGUGAGAAUGUUGCUCAGAGAACUGCCCCUUUUUGCUAAUCUACCGGCUGAUAUCCUUCAUUUCCUGGGAUUAAAUGCACAACCACGGACUUAUCCACCAUUCACCGACAUCAUUCGACAAAACUCACAGGGAAGGGAAGUUUUCUUCAUCGUACGCGGUGAAGUCGAGGUCCUGAACGAACGAUGUGACCCCGGCAGCCCCCGCCGUGUUGCUGAUGCGGAGGACUCUCGAAAUGUGCAGGUAAAAGCACGGCUAAAGCAAGGACAAUACUUUGGUGAAGUCGUUAGCCUGUCACUCGCACCGAGAAGAACUGCUACAGUCCGCUCGGUAUCUGCCGUCGAAUGCUUGAUGCUGAGCGGUGAAGUUCUCUCGGAGUUUUGGGCUCGAUGUCCUGCAGAUAUCAGAGACCAGGUCGAACGAACGGCACGAACAAGGCUUGAUGGUGCUAGUGACGGUGAUGUAGUGAUGGAAGAUGCACCCAGCGCGGACCAGCUUUUUACCCCAGGAAACCAGGCACUCUUCUCCGCCCGGAGACAAUCUAUGCCUCUUCUUACCUUCUCCGAAACGGAACUUGAAUCUCUUCACAAACCUAACAGGAUGGAAGACGAAUCUGUUGUGAAACCUUCCGACCCAGAUCCAUUUUUGAGUGUUGGGUUGGAUAACGUACGAUCCCGGUCCCGGCGAGGCUCCCUUGCUCCUAUUAUACCUGAAGAUACUGCUCCAGAUCAGCAAUCGCAAUCCCAGGCAACGAACGUAAACUCCCGCUCACGAACACCCUCACCUAAUAAACAUGCUCAGUCGGCACUCUUCAGAAACUCAGCCUUUUUUCAAACCAAACCGUCAAAACAUCGAAACAGUAUCCGUCAUCGUGGAGUACUGUCCAAUGAUGUUCUUGUAUCCAUCUUCCAGUAUCUUGAGCUACAUGUUCUAUUACGUCUCCGUGGGGUUUCUCGCCAGUGGUGUGAGAUUGUCACCAAAUCACCUCGUCUCUUGCACUUCCUCGAUCUAAGCCGGUACAACCGCAAAAUUACCGAUGAGAUUAUAACCGGGAUUAUCUGUCCCUUUGUUGGGGACAGACCGCGUGUUAUAGAUGCUAACAACUGUUUUCAUGUCACCGAUGAAGGGUUUUCUGCUCUAGCUAACACUUGCGGUGCCAACUUACGUGUGCUCAAAAUGAAAAGUGUCUGGGACGUUACAGCGCCAACAAUACUGGAUAUGACAAACCAUGCAAAGUCCCUUCAGGAGAUCGACCUUAGUAAUUGCCGGAAGGUGAGCGACACGCUAUUGGCAAGGAUCGUUGGGUGGGUGGUACCAGCUCAGCAACAGCACCAGAACCACGUCAACGGUGGGAGAGCUUUGCAGAAUUCGAAAUACAUACCGAAAGUGGGCGCAGUACAACAGCCAAAUCAACCGGCUGCGGGAACAGUAUAUGGCUGUCCGUACCUAAAGAAGAUUACCUUGUCAUACUGCAAGCAUGUCACGGACCGUUCAAUGCAUCACAUUGCCUCUCAUGCUGCAAACCGGCUUGAAGAAGUUGACCUUACACGUUGUACAACCAUAACUGACCAAGGAUUCCAAUACUGGGGGAAUGCGCAGUUUCUCAGGCUGAGGAAGCUCUGUCUUGCAGAUUGUACUUACCUCACUGACAACGCAAUUGUCUACUUGACCAAUAGCGCAAAGUGCCUUCAAGAGCUCGACCUAUCUUUCUGCUGUGCUCUCUCGGACACUGCCACAGAAGUCCUGGCGCUUGGCUGCCCUCAGCUAACGCAUCUGAACCUUUCCUUCUGUGGCUCCGCAGUCUCUGACCCCUCCUUACGCUCCAUUGGCCUCCAUUUACUUAACCUCCGCGAACUUUCUGUGCGCGGCUGUGUCCGCGUAACUGGUACCGGUGUUGAGGCUGUUGCUGACGGAUGCUCAAUACUCAGCCUACUGGAUGUCAGUCAGUGCAAAAAUCUUUCUCCCUGGCUGGAAUAUGGCUUCCAGCAUCGAUACCGGGACAGAAUUGAAUUCAUCACCGUUGCACAUAAUGGCAAGAGGUCCCGAUGA